CGCUUUCUGGUCCAUUAGAUAGGCCCAAGUUUUAAGGCCGAUAUGAGGCUGGGUUUGAUCAAAUCAUGGAGUGGGGCGAGUAAUAAACAUUUGAUAAGUCACGCGCGGCGCCAUAGCGUGUGAAUCCUAAAUUAAACCCUAGCUAGAGGAGAGGGUUUAAAGCUCUGAAGCUUCUUUCUUCUUCUCCAAUUAAGAUCGCAGAGAGAGAUGGGGAGUGACAGCGAGGCAGAGAAGGAGAAGAAGAAGAUGCUUGCGCUCGCUCCCAUUGCUAAACCCCUUGCCGGAAAGAAGCUUUGCAAGCGAACCCUAAAACUUGUUCGUAGAGCUGCCGAACACAAAUGCCUGAAAAGAGGAGUGAAGGAGGUUGUUAAAAGCAUAAGGAGAGGUCAUAAAGGAUUGUGUGUGAUAGCUGGGAACAUAUCGCCGAUUGAUGUCAUCACUCAUCUUCCUAUUCUCUGUGAAGACUCUGACAUUCCUUAUAUUUAUGUCCCAUCUAAAGAAGAUCUUGCAGGCGCAGGAGCAACAAAGAGGCCUACAUGCUGUGUUCUGGUACAGACAAAGCCUGUAAAGGGUGAAAUUGAGCGAGGGGAACAAGAGAAACUAAAGUCAGAUUAUGAUCAAGUUGUGUCGGAAGUAACUGAGCUUACAACUUCACUAUUUUAAAACAAGCACACAUGUAUGUGUACAGUGUGUUCUAGCUGGAUUAACAUAGUCAGCAACCUGGGCCUAUAUUUUGUAAUUUUUAUUCAAAGAGCAAAGAACCAAAUGAAGUGCCAUGAACUCAUUAUUUAGUGUAACUCACAAUGCAGACAAGCAAGUUGACGAAGAAAUUUUGCACCAUCAUGUUUUGUCAUCCAAAA